CCAAUUCAACUUGGCGCUAGAGAGGGCCAUCUGUGACUCGAGGGUGGAGACUACGGGAACCAUCUUCUAUAAGUCAACCCAGAUGCUGGCAUACGCUGAUGAUAUAGACAUCAUUGGUCUGCAGCUUUUCUAUGUAGCAGAAGCCUACCAAGGGAUCGAGCAGGUGGCAGAGAACCUCGGAUUUCAGAUAAACGAGGCAAAGACCUAAGUUAUGGUGGCAACAUCACUGACCCUACCAAUAAAUAAUCAAAAUUUACGUAGGCGUGACGUGCAGAUAGGUGAACGCACUUUUGAAGUCGUUUCACAGUUCACCUAUCUCGGGUCAAAGGUCCGAACCCGAGUUCGGUGGUCGGGUCACCAACGAAUAGCAUGGUAGUUGAGUUGUGCGUAAGGUUGCUGGCUGCCCACUGGUCAUUCUACAGCCUGAAAAAUCAGUUCACCUUAAAAAACCUGUCGUGACGGACGAAGAUGGGACUAAAUAAAGCACCUAUAUAGUACCGGUACUCACAUACGCCUCUGAGACAUGGACACUGUCCAAAUCUGACGAAACCCUCUUAGCCGCGUUCGAGAGGAAGCCGUUCAGAAGAAUUCUUGGCCCCGUAUGUGUGGAAGGACAAUGGAGGAGCCGUUAUAACGACGAGUUAUACGAGAUGUACGGCGACCUCACCAGUGGACUGGCCAUGUUGUAACGCAUGGAAACGGACGACCUAUCCCAUAAGCUCUUUUUAGGCCGUCCACGAGGACAGAGGAGGCGUGAGCGGUUUCGGACACUCCUGCGGCAGGCCAAGACCUUAAAGCGGUUGUAGCGCCGGAUAAUGAAUGAUGCACUAUACGAGUCGGCACGUCACUACGCUACGGUUUUCUAUGAGAGUUUUAGAUACUGACCAAAUUUAUUGUACAACCUGGACAUUAACACCUACAGUUAACUCUAAUUUAGGAAUUAUGUUUCCAUUAUAAUUCAACGACAAAAUGCAUGAUCGCAUGGGAUCUCGAGGCUGAUAAACGAUCGCACUUAUAUAGCAUUAAAAAACUCGUUCACACUCAAACAUCAAUUGAGCUUUUUUCUACUUCUACACCAAAAGAAUCUCCAAAUGGAAGUGUAAAUAACAAACUUCCGAUUCGCCCUGAAACCUUUCUUAAGUUCAACUUUAUGAAUAACUAAUGUGCCAACAGCUGCACUCGGAGGAGCGCACCGACAAGCGCCAUCGCAACACCGUAACAAAAAAGGUCAGUGUUCCGGCCACUGCCAACCGAUCGUUUCACGCUUGGGACUCGCGGGGCUAUAGUCAGUGAGUGAGUGUGUGCCCGCGCGCGCGCUCCCGCGAGAGUGUUGCUCGAGACACACGCGUGGUAAGAAACAGCAUAAAUGCUAGACUGACCUUCGGCUUAAAGAUUGGAGUUGGUGAGAGGGGGAGAAAGGGGGUGGGAAAAGUGCCUCGUAGGAAUUAUUAUUUUUUUAUGAGUAUAGAACUCAUACUACCCGUUAUCGUUAUCACGUUGAUAUGAUAACACAGCUGUCCGAGGCCUCGAGUCGAGCCUUGUUCGCGCGCAGUUGGUAGUGAGUGCGCGUAGCUGAUUGAUUGGAUUUCUACGUUCGGGAGAGCUCAGCCUUAAUGUGUGCAUUGUGGCAUUGUUGUGCUUAGUACUGAUUGCGUUUCUAAGCACCUAAAAGUAUGGCUCGAAGAACGCCCAAACACUUUCAGGUGGGACGGUGGUUGGUUCAGUUGUGGCUAAUGAGCGGUCUAAUGAUGCCGGUAAUUGUGUACGCGUCCGAUGAGCCGCUGCAAACGGCAAAAGUGUGUCAGUAUAUGCAGUGCACUGUUAGUGACAACGAUGGCGCGCAAGUGCGGCUACGGUUUAAUCACACCAUGUGGAAACAAUACAGCGGAUCGUUCAAUCAAGAGUUCGACUUUACCAGCUGGAGCUGGUCCGAGCUUGAUAGUGUGGCGGAAGCGAACCCCACGCUGGAGGUCACUUUCAAUGGCUUAGAAGUGCCGCACGUCGAUAUUCUGCAGGGACAUGACGGCGUGGUCAGCUUGAAUCUGGACGAAAAUCAAAUAACCGCGAUGGAGGCUGAAGCGUUUGUCAAUUUCAAAAUGUUGACCGUGCUGUCAUUACGCAGAAACAUGAUAACAGCGGUGAAUGAGUUAUUUUACCUGCCCAACAAACUCCAACGGCUGGAUUUAUCGAACAACUGGAUCAGCGAAAUCAAAGGCUUCAAAUCAUUCACCUGGGGUGAGCUAAGGCAUCUCAACCUCUCGCACAAUCGCAUCGAGUCGCUGCGCACCGAGCUGUCCAAGCUCGAUGCACUGGACACACUGGACUUGUCUCACAACUCCAUCAAGAAAGUUGACAGCAAACCUAUCAUACUGUCCCGAUCGCUGCGCAGGUUACUUCUCGAUCACAACAAGUUCACCGCGUGGCCGUUCGAUUCGCUACCGGAUACGUUGGUUGAGCUUUCCCUGAGCUUUAACGAGCUCGAAACGACAAAAGAGGGCCACUAUGUACGAUAUCUGGAUCUAUCGAGCAAUCGAUUGGCGAGCUUUUGUGGACACUGUUACCCAGCGCUCGAGGAGUUAGACUUGUCGGGCAACUAUUUCGACACCAUACCUAAGCUGAGCAAUGCAACAGGCAACAGCAUCCGGAAGGUUUCCUUCAACCGAAUGCCACACUUACAGUCCGUGGAGAAGACUGCUUUCGAAGGAGCGGCAAAUCUGCAAGAGAUUGAGAUUUCCUUUUGUCCUCGACUUUCCUACAUUGAGCCACACGCGUUCACUGAUCUUAAGCAAUUGAAAAGGCUUGAUCUCAGUUACAACGCACUACAGCAGGUGCCGGAAGAUAUGGUCCACUGGAAGCAGAUCACCCAAGGUGUCGAUCUGCAGGGUAAUCCGUUUAACUGCAACUGCUCGAUGCAGUGGUUCGUGAGCAAAGUCAUCCCGGCGAUGCAUUCCAAUCGCGAGCUACACAAACUAUUCCCCAAGCUGCGCUGCGCUGAACCGCCUAUGUACAAAGACUAUCUAUUGGUUUAUCUAACCGUGCACGACAAUUUACUUUGCCGCAAGUAUCGUGAAAUGGAUCUGCCCGGCAUGGAGCAGGUGUUACAGUUGAUGCGAGAUCAUCGACAGAUGCAGAUGGUGAGGGCACAGAAAAUUAUACUGGCCUGCCUGAUUGUCGGUAUCAUUGCGAUGAGUCUCUACUUGGCGUACCUUAAGCUCAAUCGGCCUCGGUACCGGGUAAGACCGAUCUACUACCAGUGAGUGUUCAAAGAUUAUAGCGUUUAACUGCAAGGGCGCAAGCAUGACAAAUCUUAACUUUCGUUAGCUUUAAGUCGUAAACAAUACAAUCUUACCGAAACUAAUACACGAAGCACACGUGAUAUAAGAAGA